UUUCCAUUCGACUCAAACCGAACGAGACCUUCGUCGUUUACAAGCGUUUUAGCGUGUUUACCACCAUGAGGUAUAUUCUCGCGUGUUUUUCUCUCGGUUACGUUCUGCUGCAAAUGGUCGAUAAAGAAAUUUCUUACAUCGAGAACUUUUCGGAGGAGAGACUUUGCUCAUGUUUUUAAUUUUCUGGGUGGUUAAUGAUGCAUGGAUGUAACUUAUUAUUUUUAACUGUUCUACUACUGUCAAUUAUAGAAGGAUCGACCAAGGCAGGACCACAAAAAAGUACCUGUAUUUUUCGAGAUCACCAAAUCAUAUGCGAGAAACAUCUGCCCAGCUUGGAAUAUCCGGUGAAUACCACAAACCUAGAAAUUCGUAAUAUCGAUUGGCUGGAAUUAAACUUCCAAGAUUUGGUCGAGAAAUUUCCAUUUGUCCAGAACGUAACUGUGAUACAUGGUAGAAAUGUAACCAAACUAGUUCCGCCUCCUGCUGAGAACAACAUACAGGUCUUGACUUUGAACAAUUUGAGAUUGAAACGAAUACGUAAAGAAUUCUUCAUAAAUUUCACCAAACUGGAAGAGCUUAGUUUGAGAUUCAAUCAUCUGAAGCAUUUACCCAAACAAAUCCAACUUCCCACAGUUAAAACAAUAUUAUUGUCAGGUAACAAAUGGAAUUGUUCGUUGAAUCUGGAUUGGGUCUUAGAACUCAAUGAAACCAUCGUACGAGAUCUAAGAAACUUAACAUGUCAUGAAGAACCGUACCCAGGAAAAUCACUAAUAGAAAUUGCAAAGUUUAUAAGGGAAAUCGAAGAUGAAUGUCCACUAAAAUGUUCUUGUUCUAUGCCCAAAGUAGUCAUAGAGCCUGAAACGGAAGUUUUGGAACCCAUAAUUUCUGUGGAUUGUUCCUACAAAGGAUUUUCAGUUUUUCCAGAAACUCUACCAUCAAAAACCAAAACUCUAUACCUCCAAGGAAAUGAAAUAAGCAGUAUCUCACCUCUACGCACAAAUCCCUUGUAUGAAAAUAUCCUAGAUAUAUUUUUAGAUUACAACAAAAUUUCAUCGGUUGAAGAAUUAGAAGGCUCACUUUGGUUGACACAAUUCAGGGUCUUGUCAUUGAGAGGAAAUAGGCUUUCUCAGAUACCAAGCUACGCUAUAGACAAUGCCCUUCGACAAAAUUCUAAUAUGCCGAAUGCAGUUAGAUUACGCUUAGGUGGUAACCCAUGGAGAUGCGAUUGUCCAUUUACCCCUGUUUUCCAAGAAAUGCUUCAAAAAUUUUCUCAUCAAAUAAGUGAUUUAAUGGAAAUAAAAUGUUCCUAUGUAGAGGGAGAUGAAAACUCUAUGGUUCCAAUUAUUGGACUUUCGCGAAGUUCCUUGUGUCGAUUUCCUUCAGAAUACAGUGUUCAAGCUUUGGAUCUCAUUAAUGUGAUUUUAGUGUUCCUUAUAAUUGGUGUAUUAGCCAAACUAGCUUAUGAUUACUACCACUUCAAAAGAACUGGUCGUGUUCCUUGGAUAGUGACCAAAAUGCCAUAAGACUUUUAUAUUAUUUAUUUAAUAAAAAUUGGUACCAAUUUUA